GCAGAACGCCGCCAUGCACUGACUCUCUUGAGUCCUUCAUCGAUACUGUUCGCUGCUGCCACCUUGAGGACUCUCAUCCGAUCUUGGUCCACAGCAGGUUGGGUGUCGGCAGAAGCGGCACAUUCAUCCUCAUACACAGCAUGAUCUCUCAAGCGGAGGCAGAAGGCAAAGUUGAUUGCUUGAGGCAGCUUCACUCUAUGCGGCGCAGCAGGAUGAACAUGGUGGAAACUCAGGAGCAGUACAUCGCCGCUCACACGGUGCUGCUCAAUAUGACUUGUUCAAAGAGCAGGAAGCUGACAAUCGAGGAGUUUCUGAAGUUGUACCAGAACUUGAAAGCAACACAUCCAGCCACUGGGAAAUCUCCGAUUUGCAAAGAAUUUGAGGAAUUGAGUCGAAUGCGUCCACACCCUCAAGCCUCGGAAUACAAAGGUGCACGGGAUGAGCGGAAUGCCUACAAGAACAGGUCGCAGAAGAUCUUGGCUGCCGAUAGCAAGAGACCUCGACUGGACGUGACAUUGCACGACAGCAAGACCGAUUACAUCAAUGCCGUUUAUGUGGAUGCAUUCAGGAAACCUGACGCCUUUCUUGUAACACAGACGCCUUUGAAAGAGACUAUUAACGACUUCUGGGAAAUGGUGACCUCUUCUGGUUCUAUAACACUGGUUACGUUGGGGCCACUACCAGACGAGACAUUUUGGCCGGACGUCAACAGUAUUUCCAUUUACGGGAAAGUCACAGUGGAGCACAUAGAAAGCACGGAAUUCCCAGGCUUGGUAGUGCGAAGCUUCAAGAUUUGCCAAAACAAAAAUCCGCCACGGGUAUUCAAGCAGUUCCACUGUCCCGCGUGGAAGCAGCUGGAAAAAAUUCCUGGCUCGCAUGAGAGCGCAUUGGACCUACUGGGCCGCGUGGACCAGUGGCAGAUGCGUGCCGAAGGUGCACCAGUUGUUGUACAGAGUCUAGAUGGUUGUGAAGAGUGUGGUCUAUACUGUGUCUUGGCCAGUGUAUGCGAGCAGGUGAAGCUUGAGCACGAAGUGGACGUUUUUCGCAGCGUACAGAGAGUUCGGGCAAGCCGACCGGAGUUCAUCGUCAGCCUGGAGCAGUAUGCCUUCUGCUAUGAAACUGCGCAUCGGUUUAUUGACUCAUUUGGAAGCUACUCCAAUUUCAGCGGCUGACUUUCUUAUUGAACUUGUACAAAAAAAAUAACUUUAACACAUUUAGCCGCUAGUCAAAGUGUAUUCUUUGCGGCAAUGUUGCUUUUUCUCCUUAAGCUUUUUUUUAACUUUUGUGUGCAUAAAG